AGUUUUAUAUAAGCUCUUGUAUCAAGAAAGAAGAAAAUGAAGAUCUUCAGUUGGAUUCAUCGUAGAUUUCAUCAAAAAGAUGGAGGAAGCCAAGAUUUCAAGAAAGGUGAUCAUAAUGAGAAGGUAGCACUGCUUGAAAAAGAAGAUUUGGGCAGUGCAUGUGAUGGCUGGAAAGAAGGUAUUCUUGUUAUUGGUACAUUUGGGAUUGAUCUUUUCAAAGAUUUAAACCCUAAAGAUGAUGGGAAUCAAGUACUGUUUUUUGGUGAUCAUGAAGACCAAGAGGAGGAGAAGGAGGAGGAUCAAGAAGGAGAAAUGGAAUGUCCAUUGGUUCUAAAAGCUUCUAAUCAUGGGUUUGAUCAGAAACAAGAUCCUGAUGAAGCUGCUAAACCUAACAAUGGUGGAGGAUAUGUUAAAGAUUCAGUGGAUUUGGAUAUGGAAAUAUUGAAGAAGAUUAAGAAGCGUGGAGAGAGAAUCACUCUUGCUGACUUGCUUUGGGCCGACUCCGAAAACAACUUGUUGAAGAACAACAAGUUAUCUGAUGAUGAUCAUCAUAAUAAGGUGAUCAAAGUCCCCACUGUUAGUAGUGAAUCCAUCAAGAAACAUGAUGCACAUGACGAUGAUCAUGAUGGGUGUUUGAUCUCAAAGAAAAAGAAGAAGCUCCCUAAAGAUGAUUCAGCUGAUCACCCAAUCAAGAAAACAAAACGAUUGAUGAGAAAGAUGUUGAAGAAGAAGAAGAUCCAUCCAGAUAUCGGGAUCCAAAAGAUGGAGACUGCAGAUUUCAUCUAUCAACAAAUGGAUCAUGUACAUGCUACCUGAUGAGUUCAUCGAGCCUUCAAAACCCGUGGUAUUUCUACUGUGUUCGCAAUUAUCCGUCUUACGUGUCGAUUGUUUUCCCUUUCUUGUAUUUGUUAAUUGUUGUUUUAUAGUAUUUAUGGUCGAACUAUAUAUGUAAGAUGGUGUUUCUCAUGUUAUUAACUUCCAUCAAACACUCGAAAAUUUAUUAUGUUUUCAGCAUCGAUAGUUAGUUUUUGAUUCAGUUACCAGUUUCAGAAGUACUGUAAAACU